AUGGCGGAAAAUGGACGACUCAGAUUACUCGAGCGCGUGAUUGAUGCAUUUGAGGAUAUGAUGCGUGGUCAUCGUAAUGAGGUACUCUGUAUUGUUACCACUGCCAAGCCUUUGGAUAACAGUUCACAGGGCGAGGUUACUAGUGUGAUAAAGAGCAUGCUUAAACCUGAUCAAAAGCUUAAUCUGAAGCUAGAAAUUAAGCCCAGCAUUAUCGGAGGAAUGAUUGUUCGCAUCGGUGAUAAAUAUGUUGAUAUGUCAAUCUCCAAGAGAAUCGAAACUUUGGAGCGCCUUAUCAAGGAACCAACUUAG